UGUAUGAACUACCUAAAAGAAGCGCAAUUGAUGUACGGAAGCUCCUCUUAGAAUCAGAAUCUCCUUUGAAAAUAUGCGCUCCUAUGGUCCGUUUUUCUAAGCUUCCUUUUCGUUUGCUGGUGAGAAAAUACGGCUGUGAUGUAACCUACACUUCUAUGAUUAUGUCCGAUAGCUUUCGACUGUCUGCUGCCAAAAGGUCGCACGAGUUUGUAACAUCUCAGGACGAAACUGGACCUGUCAUAACUCAGUUUGCGGCCAAUACAGUCGAAGACUUUAUUGGGGCCAGUCAGCUAGUUGUGGGCUACUGUGACGGGGUCGAUCUAAAUUGCGGGUGUCCUCAAAAAUGGGCAAUGCACGAGGGAUACGGAGCAGCUUUACUCUAUUCGCCUCAAAAGAUUUUCGACAUCGUUCGACAGUUUCGCAACCAAGUUGAACAUGAGGCGGCAUUUUCAAUGUCAGUAAAGUUGAGAUUGCUAUCGAGUUUAAACGAAACUGUUGAUCUCUAUCGCCAAAUUGAGAAAUGUGGCGUCUCGUUUAUAGGCGUACAUUCGCGAACUCAUCAAAUGAGAACAGAACCUGCCGAUCAUGACCAGUUAGCUGAAAUUAAGAAAUCAUUACAAAUUCCCGUAGUUGCAAAUGGAGAUUGUUUUAAUUUAGAGGAUUACCGACUUAUUUCUGAAAAAACGAAAGCACAUGGAGUCAUGUCAGCCAGAGGACUUCUAGAAAACCCAGCUCUCUUCGCUGGUUAUGAAAAUACCCCCUUGUGUUGUAUCGAAGAUUUUCUGAAAUUAUGCGUUAAAUAUGGAUUCAACUUUGUAUCGUUCAAGAAAUUGUUUUACUGGAUGAUCGAACGUAAUUGUAGCAAGUCAGAACGACUCAAUAUUCUUGCAUGCAACUCCAUGUCUCAGUUUUUGGACUAUUUUAAGGAUAAUUUCAAUAGCGAUUUCUCUAUUCGUUAAAUUAAGCGUUUUUUUAUUUUUUCCCAAAUCGUCGAAACUUUGAUGCUUGAAGUGAGCGCUUUUAUUCGAGGAGAAAGAAUAUGCAAGGCUGAAACAUGGAUGGAAUCCUUCGCCGAUAUAAUGAAAGGUUGAGUUUUACUGUGCUGUGAAAAUGUUUUGUGAUUGUAUAAAGCUGCAACUCAAAUUAACUUGAAAAUUGGUUCUCUUACUGUUUUAUUCUGAAUAGAAUAAAAAAAGCAGGAGUUUGAGGCGGCUAAUACCAUAUGUAGCGGACUGGUGGGCAGUUAGCAAAAGCUUAUCGAUUUAAUUAGCAGAGUGAACUUUAUCGAAGUGAUUUUCAACUCACAGUUAGCGGGUCAAAUAGACAAUUGAUUUGCUGAAACUCGAAAGAUGUGAUUUUUAAAAAA